GACUAUGGCUACCCAGGUAUGCGAACGUGCUCCAGUGUGGAGCAUACAGGAGACACUGGAUCUGAUUGCUGUGUGGGGAGAAGAGUCUGUCCAGGCAGAGCUCCAAAGCAGCAGAAGAAAUGCUGACAUCUAUGCCAAAAUUGCACGGGGCAUGGGGGGAAAAGGCUACACCAGGGAUAUACAGCAGUGCCAUGUGAAAAUAAAGUUGCUCAGACAAGUGUACCAGAAGAUAAGGGAGGAGAAUAGUCGCUCUGGUGCUGAGUCACAGACAUGCCACUUUUAUGAGCAGCUGCAUGCAAUUCUAGGCGGGGACCCCACCAGUACCCUAACACUCUCCAUGGAAACCUCCCAGGGGACCCAGACGGCCACGGGCAACAAUGAGGAGGACAUUGUUGAGGAGGAGGAGGAGAAUGUGCAGCAGACAAGCAGAGGAUCCAUUCUCCCCAACAGCCAGGAGCUUUUCUUAACUCUGGAUCCAAUCCCCUCUCAGGAUCCACUGGUGUGGGACUGUGAUGGUGGGGAAGGCACCUCUGCUGCAAUAUGUUCUCUGGGUGCUUCCUCCACUCCAGCACAAAGGCUAUCCCAGAUUAGAAGGCAAAAAAAGUGAACAAGGGAAAGACAUGUUCUGUGAUGUAAUGCAUUCCUCUGAGGCUGACAGGGCCCAGCUCCAUGCAUGGAGGCUCACACUUUCAGAGAGCAUGCGCAUCAACCAAGAGGGCAGAAAAGCAAACAGGGAACAAGAGCUAACACACAA